AUGGAAAAUCCACGAAGAGGCGCUGUUAGUCGCUUUACACAUCGUGAGUACGCUGACAUGUACUUGAUUUACGGCGAAACCAGGAAAGUUUCUACUCGAGGCAUAGUCUCAUUAAACGCAAGGUUGGCUGCAAGAUUGUACGCGGAACGGUAUCCAGACCGUAGACAUCCGACGUAUGAGGUGAUUGAACGAUUGGAUUCUGCCUAUAGGGAGGGCCCCCCUAUAGGCAGAAUACCUGGAACUCGAGGUUCUCAAUCUGGGAGACCGCGAACAAUCGAGGAUGACGUCGUGCUACAGGAUUGCGAAGAGGAUCCCUCGACUUCGGUUCGUAUGAUACAAAGCCGCACUGGAAUACCGAAAUCAUCGGUUCAUCGUAUUUUAAAAAAAAGGUAUCAAUUUCACCCAUACCACAUUCAAAGAGUGCAAACUCUCCUUGAGGGUGAUUAUGUAAAACGAGUGAUGUUUUGCCGACGAAUGCUGGAACUAAAUAGGCAAGAUCCCGACUUUUCUCAUUAA